UCAAGCUGAGCUAUUUGCUAUUGAACUUUGCAUAGUUUCGGUGUAAAAACGUCUCCGGGGGAAACAUUGAUUUAUCUGAAAUUAACCGUGAUUGAGCAUAUAUUAGUGAGGAAAUGUGAUCGUAUGAAUUUUAUUUCGCUACCCAUCUCAACUUGUCGUUAUUAUUAACUUUUUCACGGUUGCCUCGCGGGGAAUUUGAAAAUAUGCCAACUUGUGUUUGGUUGUUUGAUGAUCAGUCAAUAUUAUGGUCAGAUAAUUUCGUGCGUUAUACUUCAUGGCUAGAAUUUGACGCUAUCUGACCACGAUCUUCUGUUUUUCCUGUAAAAUAUGGCAGAAGGAAUGAAUUUUUCGUUUGGAAGGCGACAGGAAAAGAUUGACUGGAGGCGACUUGCAUCUGUGGAUGUUGAUAGGAUCCUGAGGGAGAUGGAUGUGAAAACAUUACAAGAUAACAUAAUGCAUGUCACAUUCAGCAACAUUGAGGCAGAGCUAGGAAUGCAGGCUAUUGGUUUUGAUCCAAAUUAUAUCAAGUUGUUUCGAUUGGCACAGCUUAUAAUCGAGUACCUUUUGCAUUCUCAGCAGUUUCUUUCGGCAAAUCUUGAGGCAGAGAACAAGACACUCCAGGAAUCUUUGGAGACAACAGAGAAAGUCAAGAAAGAACUAGAUGUGAAGAAGGAAGCUUACAAAAAGCUCAAGAAAGAAUGCCAGAAACAAAAGCAGUGGAUUGCAGAAUACCAACUUCUGAUCAGGGCUGGAGCCAGUGGUUCACACAAGUGCCCAUAUUGUGCUAAGUCAUUUGUCAGCCAUGAGUAUGUCAUAGCGCACCUCAGUAGACGGCAUGGUGAACACACAAGUCAAGUCAAUGGGAUGGUGAUUUCCACAGUGUCACCCAUGAAAUCUGUUGGUGCUGUAACUAUGGAAACAAAACCUGGCAUGACAGAAAAGGAGAAAAAUGAUUUAGAGGAAGAAUUGCAAAUGAUCAAAUUACGGCUGCAAAAAACAGAGCAUGAACUGCAAGAGGAGAAGAAAUUAACACAGUCACAGCAGAGAGAUAAAUUGACAACAGAAAAUCACAACAUGGAUGAACUUAGAGCAAUGUUUGAUCAAUGGAAAGCUGGAGAAAAGGCUGAACAACAGCGAGAAAUUGCAGAACUCAAAAGGACGUUCAUGCAGGACAUAAAUAGCAUGAGGGAGGAGAGAGAUAUGUUUUCAAAUAGAGUGACUGCAUUACAAGAGCAACUGAAUAGUGAAAAGAGGAUAUCAAUGAUUGGGUCAAUAAUUGAUGAAGAUGAGACUGAUUCUCCAGCAAAGGCCAACAGAGGUGAAAUGUCACAACAGUUUAUGGCGCAGUUGGAAGAUAAGGUUAUCCAGAUGCAGACAGAAACACAACAGAACUUUCAGAAAGAAAUGCAAAAAAUGCAGCAAAAAUUUAAGGCCCGGGAAGACAAAUCGAAGAAGGAACACAGAGAAGAAAUGGGACAGUUUCAGGAAAUGAUGGGGCAGUAUGAAGAGAAUCUACAGAAUGAAAGAAUAGAGAAGAAACGGAUGUCCGAGGACUAUGAGAACAGAAUUGAGAGAUUGACAAGGCAAGUUCAAGAGCUCAGCAAUACACUGGACGCGCAAAAGGUGGAGACAGAAAAAGUCCAGUAUUCUUUCAAAACCCAACCGCGUGCAUUACUUGCGUCUGUUCCUCCUGUGCCCGCUCCAAGAUACAUCGAGCUUCCCGUGCAAGCUGAACCACCAGAGAGAGAGCGCGCCACUUCUCCCGAGAAAAGUAUCAAGACAGCAGCAGAAUCUAUGACGCUCUAUGUAUCGACUAACCAAAAGAAGGCCGGCCAGUAUCGCUUAUGGCGCCAUUCAGCUGAUGGAUCUAACGAAUGGUCCAAGAUGUACGGCCUCUCCGCCUUCAUAAAACCCACUGGGAACUUCACGUACCCGGUGUACGUGUUUGCGGCAGGGGGAUCCCCUUAUUGGCGGCAAUAUAUGUCGGAUAAAUCGUCGCCCCCCAGCCCGGAGUAUCGUCUGGAUUACAUGUUCUAUUGUUCUCAGACAUUCCUCCCUGGGACUCUGCAGCAUCACGUGUUAGAGGCCGGAAGUAUUCCUGUGAUAAGAUCGUAUGUUUCCCGGAACAAGAACCUCCCGGGAUGGAGGCAUAACGGAUUGUCAUUUUAUGCUCCAAAAUCAACUCUGGUCGGUGACAAAAUGCAGACAAGCAUUUCUGCAUCAUUUGAAUCUACUUUGACGGAAGAUAAAGAGCAAGACUCUGAACCAAGUGAAUCAGAUUCGGAAGAAGAGUCUCCAGCUCCUGUUCAACCAAAAGUUGAAGUCGAAGAUGUUGAUGCAAAUGAGAGCACGGGAAGUCUCGAAGACAUCAAAGAGAUCACCUCAGGCCUUUCUAGCUCUGAGUGGGGUACUACAACUUUAGAAGCAGGCGAGUUCCAUCCAAUUCCUCAUAAUCGAUUGAUAACAACUCGAUUUAAUCACAGAUUCGACGAAGUACAGGCGUGUAGACAAGAGAUUGUUCACAUAUUGGACCAAAAACUCUCUAAGCAGGGGCUUUCUUCGGAAAAUACAGGACUGUCUUCGCAGAAAA